AAACACGAUAUUAGUCACAAAAACAUCCAAUCUCCAACUAGGAUUCCAAAAUUAAAAGAAAAUGAAUCUACAAUUACCCACAACAACAACAACCACUAUUUUCCGACCACCACUCACAACUUUACAAACUCGCUCGACUGUUUGUUCUUAUCCAACAAGAAACCCAUUUCGAUGUUCAGCUAUAUCUUCAACUAUUAUUACUAAAUCAUCAUCUCAAAUAACAAACGAAACAGACUUAGAGAACAAGAAAUAUGACUUAUUGAAAGCCAUUCAAGACACCCAACGUGGCUCUGUCACUACCCCUAACCAACGUUCUGAAAUUGAAGAGCUUUUGGUGGACUUGGAGAGCUAUGAAGCUGGAAGUGAAGAAGGAAUUGAUUUCUGUAUUCUGGAUGGGACAUGGAGAUUGCAAUAUACUUCUGCGUCUGAUGUUCUUGUUCUUCUUGAUUCAUCUUCUAGGCUUCCCUUUUUUCAGGUUGGCCAAAUAUUUCAGAAGUUUGAAUGUAAGGGUCAAGAUAAGGGAGGCUAUGUUCGCAAUGUUGUUCGUUGGAGUAUUCCCAGCUUGCUAGAGGAUAAUGAAGGUGCCACGCUCCUUGUUUCUGCAAAAUUUUCUCUCAUAUCCCGGCGUAACAUCUAUCUCCAGUUUGAAGAGAUAUCUCUACAAAAUAUAAACAUCAGUGAGGAGUUGCAAGCUCUAAUCGCCCCUGCAUUGCUGCCACGCUCAUUUUUAAGCCUACAGAUCUUGCAAGCGAUCCGUACUUUUAAAGCUCAAGUUCCAGUGAAUAGCACAAGCCCGGGAAGGCGAUCUGUGGGAGGACUCUACUACCUUUCGUAUCUCGACAAGAAUAUGCUUGUGGGCCGAGCUGUAGGAGGUGGUGGCGUGUUUGUAUUUAUACGAGCUCAGAACAUUCUGUAAAUUAUAUACCCCUUUGAUUAUAGAUAUCAGACAUUUUCUUUGAAGUAUUAUGCUGUCAAAAGGUUCUGUGUAGCUAAAGUAUUACUCAUAUAAGUUUUUGAAGGUAUAUAUGCCAUACCAUAUGAAAGGUAUUUGUCUCCUGAA